AUGCCGCUUGGACUCCGCUGCCUGAGCUACUGCGCUGGGGUCAGCGCGUGCGAGAAGGGCAAACAGUGGCAGCAAGCUUUGCGGCUGCUCUGCGAAAUGCAGGAGGUGACGGUGGAGACCGACGUCAUCUGCUACAACACUGGAAUCACCGCUUGCAAGACAGGGGGGCAGUGGCAGUACGCUCUCGUGUUGCUCAGCGAGAUGAGGAGCGCGAAGCUGGGGCCCAACCCAGUCGGCUACAGCGCUGGCAUUUGCGCGAGCGAGAAAGGCGGGCAAUGUCACUAUGCCGUGUCGCUUCUCAGCGAGAUGUGGGAGGCAAAGCUGGAACCGAGCAUCAUCCGUUCCUUACAGUGA